AUGGGUCACCUAUUAAAUGAGGUAUUUCAAAAUAAUUGUCCUUAUGUUUCACCGCCAAGGGUUAGCACUGUUGAAUCUCAUGCAGAGGAGACAUGUAGUCUGGAUAUCCAUGUGAACAAAUCUAAUAUCAACACACAUAUCAUGAAUUUUGAAACACCUUUGACAUCAGUUCCUGAGUCAAAAACUGUUAUUUCACCAGAGGUUUUUCCUAUCAAGUCUAAUACGAAGGAGAUUAUGAAUCUCAACAUCCAUAAACCCCCAUCCCCACCUUCAUCGGGGAUUGGGGGAAUCGGGGAUUUCUUUUUCUCUUUUAAUAUGAAAACUUUUACGGCGGGUCCAAGGUCCGGGAUUAAGGGUAUCCCCAUUCCCAUCCCCAUCCCUACUUUUUUAUUCGGGGAUUCCCCAUCCCCGAUUAAGUUGGGGAUUCCCCUGUCUGAACGGGUGCGGAUUUCGGGUUCCCCAUCGUGUAUGGGGCUUUUUGCCAUCCCUAUCCCUGAGCACACAUCUACAGUGGACUCAAAUGUCAACAUUGGUGUGACUUCAACUAUUGAUACUUCGAUAAUUCUUCUACCACCUGCUACUCCACUUAUUACAUAUGUUGUUCAAAUUACAUCUAUUCCAACACACUCAUCAACUUUCGUUAGGAUCCUUUGUCAUCUAAUUACUACCUUAUUCUUAUCCCAAUCCACUGGUCCUUCACAUCAUCAAGUAAUGGAUGAUUCUCAGCUAAUGGAUGAUGAAGAUGAUUUGAUUUUGGGUAGACUGGAUGAUAACAUUAAGUCUUUCAAGUUUGAUAUUUUUAAAGUACAAAAUGUUGCAAGGGAGCGGCAUGAAUUGUUGGAGAAGCAGUUAUCAACUUUGAAAGAGUCAAUUGAAUUGAAAAUUCAAGGUCUUUAUGAUCUUAUUUCCUCGAAAUUCAAGAAUACUAGGGACUUUUGUUAUGGUGUUCGUCUCAAUGUUGAUAGGUUGAUCUCUACAGUGAACACGUUGUUGGAGGAUGUCCAAGCCUUCAAUGUUGAAUAUAAGGCUAAGAUAGAGAAGAAAAUGUGUCUGGUGUUACUCUUUUCAGAGGCUUUGAGACUACUCUCAAUUCUUUUCAAACACAAAUCUCGAACUAUGAAAAUAUUUCAUCUUCUUUGA